UGGGCGGGCAAUAUAGCCGCUUGGCGGAGGCGCGAGCGCGCGGGGGCAGCGCAGCGGGCAGGGGCCGAGAUCCAGACACCCGAGCAGCUGGCCACCGGGGCGGCCCGGAGAAGGGCGAGCACCAUGAGCAGCAAGUGCGACGUGGUCGUGGUGGGGGGCGGCAUCUCAGGUAUGGCAGCAGCCAAACUUCUGCAUGACUCUGGCCUGAGUGUGAUUGUUCUGGAAGCCCGGGACCGCGUGGGAGGCAGGACUUACACCGUCAGGAACCAACAAGUUAAAUAUGUGGACCUUGGAGGAGCUUAUGUUGGGCCAACUCAGAAUCGCAUCUUAAGAUUGUCCAAGGAGCUAGGAUUGGAGACCUACAAAGUGAAUGAAGUGGAGCGUCUGAUUCACUAUGUAAAGGGCAAAUCCUACCCCUUCAGGGGCCCAUUACCACCUGUGAGGAAUCCGAUUACCUUCCUAGAUCUUAACAACCUUUGGAGGACGGUGGAUGACAUGGGACGAGAGAUUCCCAGUGAUGCCCCAUGGAAGGCGCCCCUUGCAGAACAGUGGGACCAGAUGACAAUGAAGGAGCUGUUGGACAAGCUCUGCUGGACUGAAUCUUCGAAGCAGCUGGCCACCCUUUUUGUGAACCUGUGUGUCACCGCGGAGACCCAUGAGGUCUCUGCUCUCUGGUUCCUGUGGUAUGUGAAGCAGUGUGGAGGCACCACCAGGAUCAUCUCAACAACCAACGGAGGGCAGGAGAGGAAAUUUGUGGGCGGAUCUGGUCAAGUGACUGAGCGGAUAAAGGACCUCCUUGGAGACCGAGUGAAGCUGGAGAGGCCUGUGGUCCACAUUGACCAGACAGGAGAAAAUGUCCUCGUGGAGACCCUAAACCACGAGGUGUACGAGGCUAAGUAUGUGAUUAGCGCCAUUCCUCCUGUCCUGGGCAUGAAGAUUCAUUUCAGUCCCCCUCUGCCAAUGAUGAGAAACCAGCUCAUCACUCGUGUACCUCUGGGCUCUGUCAUCAAGUGUAUAGUUUAUUACAAAGAGCCCUUCUGGAGGCAUAAGGAUUACUGUGGAAGCAUGAUUAUUGAAGGAGAGGAAGCUCCAAUCGCCUACACGUUGGAUGAUUCCAAGCCUGAUGGCAGCUGUGCCGCCAUCAUAGGAUUUAUCCUUGCCCACAAAGCCAGAAAACUGGCCCGUCUUACCAAAGAAGAAAGGCUGAAGAAACUUUGCGACCUCUAUGCAAAAGUUCUGGGUUCAAAAGAAGCUUUGAACCCCGUGCACUAUGAAGAGAAGAACUGGUGUGAGGAGCAGUACUCGGGGGGCUGUUACACGACCUACUUCCCCCCUGGGAUCAUGACUCAGUAUGGAAGGGUUCUACGCCAGCCAGUCGGCAGGAUUUAUUUCGCCGGCACGGAGACUGCCACGCACUGGAGUGGCUACAUGGAGGGGGCCGUGGAGGCCGGAGAGAGAGCGGCCCGAGAGAUCCUGCAUGCCAUGGGAAAGAUCCCAGAAGAUGAAAUCUGGCAGUCUGAACCAGAGUCCGUGGAUGUGCCUGCGAAGCCCAUUACCACGACCUUCUUGGAGAGACACUUGCCCUCGGUGCCCGGCCUGCUGAGGCUGAUUGGAUUGACCGCCAUCUUUUCAGCCACUGCUCUCGGCUACCUGGCCCACAAAAGGGGGCUACUCGUGCGGGUCUGAAGGGAGGGCCUCUGUAACCACACCCUCUCACCCUCCUCUUAUUCUGUGUGGUGUGUGGGGAAGGAGUUGUAAUAACGUUGCAUGAAGACCCAAAGAAUGUAGACUAAGGUGGGAGCGUGAGAUGAGGCCGACUUCCGGUCGCAGGAAACCCCGUCUCUCAUUCUCCAUUUUGAUUCCCGCGUAGUAUCUCUUCCGUCGCUUAGCGCUCUGUCUCUCUCCUUCCCAGGUUUACUGGCCCGCGAAUCUUUAUAGUCGUUAAACAGGCUUGUUAAAGGUCCUUGCUCUCCUACAAUAUACCUUGCCCAUGCACAAAAAUCUCCUUUUUUCCCACCCCUGUGGCUUUAUGCUUACCCUUCCGCUUGGCUGUCGUGUCCACAUCUUCCAAGUUCUGUGCAUUGGUCCUUAGACUUCUGUGUUGUUACAGUUGCAAGACCUUAGAGACCACCUCGUCCUUUUUUCUAUUUUAGAGUUGAGCCAACUGAAGCUGAGGGAGAUGGAAUGUAAUUGCCCAGUGUCCACAAUAAGCCACUGGUACUUGGGGCCCUAGAUCAUGGGUCCCUUGCUUUUCCCACCUCCCAGGAUGAAUUUCCCAAUCACUUUCCUCCACUCCCUGCUGUGGUUGUUGGUGGUGUCCCCUUGCGUGGUUUGCUCUGUGCUAAAUUGUUUCGGUUUAUUCAGAUGCGACUCUUUCCCUUACUAUCUCGUGUACUGUGUCUUCAGCUCAUUUUAAUUUGGGGGGUAGGAGGUUGGGUAAGAAUCUUGUCUUUUCUUCCAUUUGUGUCCUCCAUUGUAUCUGGAUACAAAGGUUGGUAUACAUUUGGGUAAUUAAAAAUAAAGUUGAUUGACCGGA